AGAGUUUGGUGCCCCGGAGUGGGGUGUCGGCGCCUCAUUCGGGUGGAGCUGAGCCGGGGACAGCUGCUUCAGGGCCAGGAGGAACAGGAAGGUGGGAGUUGCAUCCUGGCCCUGCUGUUGACAGCCCUGUGACCCUACGGACUUUCUUUCAAGAAAGAAAGUAAAACUCAGAAGGGCAGUCUGUAAACAGAAGAGCUCAUGCCUGUCUUCUGGGGGUUUGCGGGGUCGGCGAGGAGUCCUGACACGUCACAGGGCAGACAGUCGUGAGAGACUUCAGGACAAGGAUGUUUCACUUAAGGACUUGUGCUGCUAAGUUGAGGCCGUUGACGGCCUCACAGACUGUGAAGACAUUUUCACAGAACAGACCGGCAGCAGCUAGGACGUUGGGGCAGAUUCGGUGUUUUACCGCCCCCGUUGCUGCUGAGCCAUUCCUCAGUGGGACUAGCUCCAACUAUGUGGAAGAAAUGUACUAUGCUUGGUUGGAAAACCCCAAAAGCGUACACAAGUCAUGGGACAUUUUUUUCCGAAACACCAAUGCUGGAGCGCCGCCGGGCACCGCCUACCAGAGCCCGCUCCCCCUGAGCCCGGGCUCCCUGUCCGCCAUGGCGCGAGCGCAGCCUCUGGUGGAUGCGCAGCCCAACGUGGACAAGCUGGUGGAAGACCACCUGGCCGUGCAGUCUCUCAUCAGAGCCUACCAGAUACGAGGGCACCAUGUAGCGCAGCUGGACCCCCUGGGGAUUUUGGACGCCGAUCUGGACUCGUCCGUGCCCGCUGACAUUAUCUCCUCCACAGACAAACUUGACCUUGCAGUGUUCAAGGAACGACUCCGAAUGCUAACAGUAGGAGGGUUCUACGGCCUGGACGAGUCUGACCUGGACAAGGUCUUCCACCUGCCCACCACCACGUUCAUCGGGGGGCAAGAGUCGGCGCUUCCUCUGCGAGAGAUCAUCCGGCGGCUGGAGAUGGCCUACUGUCAGCACAUCGGUGUGGAGUUCAUGUUCAUCAACGACCUGGAGCAGUGCCAGUGGAUCCGGCAGAAGUUCGAGACGCCCGGGAUCAUGCAGUUCACCAACGAGGAGAAGCGGACCCUGCUGGCCCGGCUCGUGCGGUCCACCAGGUUUGAGGAUUUCCUGCAGCGGAAGUGGUCGUCCGAGAAGCGCUUCGGUCUGGAAGGGUGCGAGGUGCUGAUCCCCGCGCUCAAGACCAUCAUUGACAAGUCCAGCGAGAAUGGGGUAGACUACGUGAUCAUGGGGAUGCCCCACAGGGGGCGGCUCAACGUGCUUGCCAACGUCAUCCGGAAGGAGCUGGAGCAGAUCUUCUGCCAGUUCGAUUCCAAGCUGGAAGCCGCUGACGAGGGCUCUGGGGACGUGAAGUACCACCUGGGCAUGUACCACCGGCGGAUCAACCGCGUGACCGACAGGAACAUCACCCUGUCGCUGGUGGCAAACCCAUCCCACCUGGAGGCCGCGGACCCCGUGGUGAUGGGCAAGACGAAGGCGGAGCAGUUCUACUGCGGGGACACUGAGGGGAAGAAAGUCAUGUCCAUCCUCCUGCACGGAGAUGCUGCCUUUGCCGGCCAGGGCAUCGUGUAUGAGACCUUCCACCUGAGCGACCUGCCCUCCUACACGACUCACGGCACUGUCCAUGUGGUCGUCAACAACCAGAUUGGCUUCACCACAGACCCCCGCAUGGCCCGCUCCUCGCCCUACCCGACGGACGUGGCCCGCGUCGUGAAUGCCCCCAUUUUCCAUGUGAACUCGGACGACCCAGAGGCCGUUAUGUACGUGUGCAAGGUGGCGGCCGAGUGGCGGAGCACCUUCCACAAGGACGUGGUGGUGGACCUGGUGUGUUACCGGCGGAACGGUCACAACGAGAUGGACGAGCCCAUGUUCACGCAGCCGCUCAUGUACAAGCAGAUCCGCAAGCAGAAGCCCGUGCUGCAGAAGUACGCGGAGCUGCUGGUGUCCCAGGGCGUGGUGGACCAGCCGGAGUACGAGGAGGAGAUCUCCAAGUACGACCGGAUCUGCGAGGAGGCCUUCGCCCGGUCCAAGGACGAGAAGAUCUUGCAUAUCAAGCACUGGCUGGACUCGCCCUGGCCCGGCUUUUUCACCCUGGACGGGCAGCCGAGGAGCAUGACCUGCCCGUCCACGGGCCUGACGGAGGACAUCCUGACGCACAUCGGGAACGUGGCCAGCUCCGUGCCUGUGGAGAACUUCACCAUUCACGGAGGGCUGAGCCGGAUCCUCAAGACCCGUGGGGAGCUGGUGAAGAACAGGACCGUGGACUGGGCGCUGGCGGAGUACAUGGCCUUCGGCUCGCUCCUGAAGGAGGGCAUCCACAUCCGCCUGAGCGGCCAGGAUGUGGAGCGUGGCACCUUCAGCCACCGCCACCACGUGCUGCACGACCAGAACGUGGACAAGAAGACUUGCAUCCCCAUGAACCACCUCUGGCCCAACCAGGCCCCCUACACCGUGUGCAACAGUUCACUGUCUGAGUACGGGGUCCUGGGCUUUGAGCUGGGCUUUGCCAUGGCCAGCCCUAAUGCCCUGGUCCUCUGGGAGGCCCAGUUUGGUGACUUCCACAACACGGCCCAGUGCAUCAUCGACCAGUUCAUCUGCCCAGGACAGGCCAAGUGGGUGCGGCAGAACGGCAUCGUGCUGCUGCUGCCUCACGGCAUGGAGGGCAUGGGCCCAGAACAUUCCUCUGCCCGGCCGGAGCGGUUCCUGCAGAUGUGCAAUGACGAUCCAGACGUCCUACCGAACCUGGAGGAGGCCAACUUCGACAUCAACCAGCUAUACGACUGCAACUGGGUGGUGGUCAACUGCUCCACCCCCGGCAACUUCUUCCACGUGCUGCGGCGCCAGAUCCUCCUGCCCUUCCGGAAGCCGCUCAUCAUCUUCACCCCCAAGUCCCUGCUGCGGCACCCCGAGGCCAGAACCAGCUUUGAUGAGAUGCUCUCAGGAACCCACUUCCAGCGGGUCAUCCCAGAAGAUGGCCUUGCCGCCCAGAACCCGGAAAACGUCAAGCGGCUUCUGUUCUGUACGGGCAAGGUAUACUACGACCUCACCCGGGAGCGGAAGGCGCGGGGCAUGGCGGAGCAGGUGGCCAUCACACGCAUCGAGCAGCUGUCUCCGUUCCCCUUCGACCUCCUGCUGCGGGAGGUGCAGAAGUACCCCAAUGCCGAGCUGGCCUGGUGCCAGGAGGAGCACAAGAACCAGGGCUACUAUGACUACGUGAAGCCCAGGCUGCGUACCACCAUCAGCCGUGCCAAGCCCGUGUGGUAUGCCGGCCGGGACCCCGCCGCCGCUCCGGCCACUGGCAACAAGAAGACCCACCUCACGGAGCUGCAGCGCCUCCUGGACACGGCCUUCGACCUGGACGCCUUCAAGAACUUCUCAUAGACGCCGCGUGGGCCACUGCCCUCCACAGCCACGGCCGCCCCUCGCUUCUCAACUAAAGAAUAGUGCCUCAGCGCUGCCCACGCCUCUGCCCGUCCGCUGCACCAUGCUCCCCCUCUCUCGCUUACCAGUUUGGCUGCUGUCCCCGUGUGCUUGGCUGCCCCCCGAGGCCAGAGGCCCCCAGCGCUGUGACUUCCGUCCAGCUGGGCAUCCUUCAUGGAGGCCACGGGGAGCGGGAGGAGGAAAGGAGGCCCCUGCAGGUGUCCUGGGAGGGUCAGUUGUGCCCCCUCCCUCCCGCUGCCCCCAUAGGACCAGCCUCACGUGGCCUCGCAGGUACCAGCUGUCCUGGUCACCCCACACGGCGGCUGCUGCACCUGGACAAGGUGGCCGCCUCUUCCCACCCUGAGCACCAGGCCCCUCAGAGGGAGCUAUCACUGUCCAGACUUCGUGGGGUGGGCUGGGCUCCGGUGGGGCUCUCCUUGCACGGGGAGCUGCGGCACUGCUUGGGGCAGCUGGCAGGAGGGGGCCUGCACCCAGCCUGGCACAGAGAGGGCAGGUCCGCUCUCUGCAGUGUCCACUUCCUCUGCUCGAGAGGGUCCCGGGCCACGUGUGGGGACCGUGCCUGCUUCACCCACCUGGGGCCUGGCAGCACUGGAGCCACAGGGUGUGGUGGGGCUCAGGGCUCACUGCUGGGCCCAGUGCAGCCACUGCCUGCCUCCCGCCUGCCCAUCCCGUCCACUCCGACACCAUGGAGACGGAAGCGCUCUUCUCUGUGCCGCCGUGCCUCAGCUGGUCAGGAGCGGGAGAGGAGGGCUGGGCUGAGGGGCAGCUGGAGGAGAGGGGUCCUUCCCUCACCAUCACAGGGACAGAUCUGAUUUAUUUAUUUUGGUUAAAAAAAGAACAAAAACAACUGUGCAUUGCAUUUGGCUUGACCCAUAAACAAAGUUACCCUCAGG